UGGACUACGUGUCACUUACAGGUGAUUGGGUAUACUGUAUAAGGGUGAAGCAUACAUUAUAACAUUCCCCCCAGGCGUAUAUCUCAAAACAGAAAGAUAAUCUGUAUCAGAAUGGGGAGGCCUUUGAUUCUACAAGUUCUUGUGUUGCUGGCUGUUUUCCUGGCCACAGAAAGCAACAAGAAUAGGAGUCAGACCAGCACCAAUUUUCUGGACAAGGCCGAGUGUUCGUGUAAGUUGAAGGGAGGUCUGGAUGACUGUAGCUGUGACGUAGAAUCCAUCGAUUCCUUCAACAACGGCAAGAUCCACCCCCUGCUGGAGGAGCUGCUCGGAAGGAACUAUUUCAGAUACUUCAAGGUUAACCUGAACAAGGAGUGUCCCUUCUGGUAUGAUGACAGCAAAUGUGCACUAAAGGAUUGUGCAGUAGACAUCUGUACAGAGGAGGUGCUGCCUGAAGGAAUGAGAAAUGGGCACGAAAUAAAAAAGUAUAUGACAGACUCCCUGAAGGAGAAAGAGGAAUGUGAUGAAAUGAUGGAGCUGAGUACAGUGGACCACACCCUCAGCCAAGAGAGCAAGGAUGCGUUUGUGGAAUGGACAGAGUACGAUGAUUCCCAGCUCAGCUUCUGUGUCAUGGAUGAUGAGGAUGAGAAUGACAUGCAGUACGUUGACCUCCUGCUGAACCCGGAACGUUACACUGGCUACAAGGGGGAGUCCCCUCACAGGAUAUGGAGGAGCAUCUAUGAGGAGAACUGCUUCAAGCCUGUCCAGUCUACAAGACCAUCGUACUCCCCCAACAUCGUAUCAAAAGGUUCCCCACUUGAAGGUCUGUGUCUGGAGAAGCGUGUGUUCUACCGAGUCAUCUCUGGGCUGCAUUCCAGCAUCAACAUACACCUGUGUGCCCGACACCUGCUGCCAGACGGCUGGGGGAGGACCAAGUGGGGUCCUAAACUAGAGGAGUUCAGGAAACGUUUCUCGCCCGAGAGCGUGGGACCACAGGGCACCACCAGGCUGAAGAACCUGUACUUUGUGUACCUGCUGGAGCUGCGAGCGCUGGUCAAGGCCGCGCCGUACUUCCUGAACCAGACGUUCUACACGGGAGACCAGCGCGAGGACAGCGAGGUGCGCCAGCUGCUAAUGGAGGUGCUGGAGGUCGCAAGGCAGUUCCCAUACCAGUUCGAUGAAAAUACCAUGUUCCAAGGUGACCCCAAGGAGGCCAGAAGACUCAAGGAGGAGUUCCGCCAGCACUUCUGGAACGUGACCCGCAUCAUGGACUGUGUCGGGUGUGACAAGUGUCGACUCUGGGGCAAGUUACAGGUGCAUGGACUAGGCACGGCUCUGAAGGUCCUGUUCUCAGGUGACAUCAUCGGUCGGACAGACAUCCCCCACAACAGGCAGUUCCACAUGACUCGACGAGAGAUUGUUGCACUGGUCAACGCCUUUGGAAGGCUGUCAAAAAGCAUACGAGCCUUGGAAGACUUCAAAAACAUGAUGAAGACAAGCUGACCACCUUCUCACACCUGCUGCCACAUUCCUGAAGACUAGGAACCACAGCUUAAGUACUACCACAACACUGCAAGAACUAGGGACAAAACCACACUUCAAGUAACUUAUAGAUGUACUAGUAACUAUGCUGCAGUAUACUUUGCUUUAGUCUGAAGUAUAAGAUAUGUUAGGAUGUGUACUUGUUGCAAUGUUCUCUUUUUCUCCUUAAAUAUGUUGAAAAGGCUUAUUUAAUGUCUCAGCUUGUUGAGCUUGUUCCACUGUGAUUUACAUGAUAUUAUGCAAAUUGAGCAAUACCUGCCAUACUUAAUUGUUAUGUUUCUGUCCAUAAUUGGAACGGAUGCAAUAUGUAGUUGCACAUACUGAAUGGGGGACUGUAAAUAAUAUGAAAUAUCUCUCACAAAGGGUUCUGUGCAUUCCAUAUACAUGUAACACUGGGAUUUCUUGUCCAAAGUAUUACAAGGAAAAGAGUUUUAUUGAAAGCUAAAAUACUGAAGUUAUGUUUGUUGAGGAUAUAUACAAAAAUAUUUCUUUCCCGAGUGAUUACGUAAAGAUGUAUCUCAUGACAUGGAACAAAGAGUUUUAGGUAAAGUCUUAUUUAUUUCAGGCCCACUUUCAUGUAUAUGUGUACUUACACUGCUGCUUGGCCAUUAGAUAUAGGGUCAUCAUACCAGCAGUUGACUGUAGAGAUAGAAUUUAAGAAAAGUUUACUAAUGUUCAAACAGUGUGUACAAUAUCCGCAAAUAGUUUCAUCAGGGUGUUAAAUCAAUUAAACAUAGUUUUAAAUAUAUUUUGCCGCUGUACCGACAUUUCAGCAACCUCGGUGUCAUCUUCAUCAGGGCAAACUCAACUUUACACCAAAAAACAGUUACUAAAGCAACUGGAUAUGAUUUUGGAAAGAGUCAGAUGUUUCAGGUAGCAUCCACUACCUUUCGUCAGUGACACUGGAUGAAAGGUAGUGGAUGCUACCUGAAACAUCUGACUCUUUCCAAAAUCAUAUCCAGUUGCUUUAGUAACUGUUUUUUGGCAUAUAUUAUGACCUGGAUGUCUAACCUUUACUGAACAUAGUUUUAAGUGUGACGUUAUGAAUGGACAUGGCACUUACUUGACAUGACCAUUUAUUCAGUUUGCCCUGAUGAAGACAACAGAGAGGUCAUAGAAACAUUGGCACAGCAAAAACUACGGUUUUGGAAGUAAGAAAACUAUGUUGAAGUGUGCACGCAAAAUAAAUCCGGGUGUGCUUGUAUUUUGGUGGUGUUAACCUCAGAACCUAGUUAAGCAUAAUGUUACUACCGUUAGGACAUAAUGUUACUACAUAGUACAUGUAACCAGAACAGACACCAAUCUUAAUAAAUAUCAACAGCAAUAUUCUUUACUCAAGAAACUUCCAUCCAAAAGAUUAAACCCUAAAACUUUACCCGUACCAAGACUGUGGAAUCAGGUGUAUGUAACUUUUUCUGUAUUUAAUGUGUAUAUAAGAUUUUAUGACUUUGUAAAUUGUAUAUUGUGAAAAGGAUGAUCAAUACAGAAUGGGAGUUUUUAUGAUUAUGAUAUGUAGGAGUACAUGUAUGUAGUUAGUACUUAAGUCUUAUUUUCCUCUAGCACACCAGUAUAGCACACCAGUAUUUCAAGUGUUGUAUACAGCCUAAGCUGAACUGAAGAUAAUGGGAUUACAUGUUUAUCCAUAUGGAAAAGAACAUGACAACCACAGAGUAGCAUCAUAGUUUGAAGCAAAAAACUAAGUUAAGUACAGAAAUAAAAGUUUUGUGCAACCUGGGAAA